AUGAGAGGCUGUCAGACUUGGCAGGAUAUCGAGCAACAUGCCACAGGGUCAGACAGUAAUGUGAGGGGCAAACGGGAGCGGGCGGCCCAGAGGGGCGGAGGGGGGCGGGCGCCCAAGAGGGGCGGAGGGGGGCGGGCGGCCCAGAGGGGCGGAGGGGGGCGGGCGCCCAAGAGGGGGGGAGGGGAGCGGGCGCCCAAGAGGGGCGGAGGGGGGCGGGCGGCCCAGAGGGGCGGAGGGGAUCGGGCGGCCCAGAGGGACGGAGGGGAUCGGGCGCCCAAGAGGGGCGGAGGGGGGCGGGCGGCCCAGAGGGGCGGAGGGGGGCGGGCGGCCCAGAGGGGCGGAGGGGGGCGGGCGGCCCAGAGGGGCGGAGGGGAUCGGGCGGCCCAGAGGGGCGGAGGGGGGCGGGCGCCCAAGAGGGGCGGAGGGGGGCGGGCGGCCCAGAGGGGCGGAGGGGAGCGGGCGGCCCAGAGGGACGGAGGGGAUCGGGCGGCCCAGAGGGGCGGAGGGGGGCGGGCGGCCCAGAGGGGCGGAGGGGAGCGGGCGGCCCAGAGGGACGGAGGGGAUCGGGCGGCCCAGAGGGACGGAGGGGAUCGGGCGGCCCAGAGGGGCGGAGGGGAGCGGGCGCCCAAGUGGGGCGGAGGAGCGGGCGACCCAGAGGGGCGGAGGGGAGCGGGCGGCCCAGAGGGACGGAGGGGAUCGGGCGGCCCAGAGGGACGGAGGGGAUCGGGCGGCCCAGAGGGGCGGAGGGGGGCGGGCGGCCCAGAGGGGCGGAGGGGGGCGGGCGGCCCAGAGGGACGGAGGGGAGCGGGCGGCCCAGAGGGGCGGAGGGGAUCGGGCGGCCCAGAGGGGCGGAGGGGAGCGGGCGACCCAGAGGGGCGGAGGGGGGCGGGCGACCCAGAGGGGCGGAGGGGGGCGGGCGGCCCAGAGGGGCGGAGGGGGCGGGCGGCCCAGAGGGGCGGAGGGGGGCAGGCGACCCAGAGGGGCGGAGGGGAGCGGGCGCCCAAGAGGGGCGGAGGGGGGCGGGCGGCCCAGAGGGGCGGAGGGGGGCGGGCGGCCCAGAGGGGCGGAGGGGGCGGGCGGCCCAGAGGGGCGGAGGGGGGCGGGCGACCCAGAGGGGCGGAGGGGAGCGGGCGGCCCGGAGGGGAGCGGGCGGCCCAGAGGGGCGGAGGGGGGCGGGCGGCCCAGAGGGGCGGAGGGGGGCGGGCGGCCCAGAGGGGCGGAGGGGGGCGGGCGGCCCAGAGGGACGGAGGGGGGCGGGCGGCCCAGAGGGACGGAGGGGGGCGGGCGGCCCAGAAGGACGGAGGGGAGCGGGCGCCCAAGAGGGGCGGAGGGGAGCGGGCGGCCCAGAGGGACGGAGGGGAGCGGGCGCCCAAGAGGGGCGGAGGGGAGCGGGCGACCCAGAGGGGCGGAGGGGAGCGGGCGGCCCAGAGGGGCGGAGGGGAGCGGGCGGCCCAGAGGGACGGAGGGGAGCGGGCGGCCCAGAGGGACGGAGGGGAGCGGGCGCCCAAGAGGGGCGGAGGGGAGCGGGCGCCCAAGAGGGGCGGAGGGGAGCGGGCGCCCAAGAGGGGCGGAGGGGAGCGGGAUGAGGGUUAA